CGGAAUACCGCUGGUCUGGAUGGCAUUAGCAUAGCACAGCAAGGACUUAUAGAAAAUUGUGUUACGCUACAGUUUACACGGUUUUGAUCUGAAGAUGAUUAUUUAUGACAAGCCAUAUCUAUGACUGAAGAUACUUCAAUCUCAGGAUGAGCAGAAACCAUAGACGGAUUGAAAUGGACCUGGCUGUAGGUUCAUCAUCAAAGCAUUAUGGGUCAUCCAGAAGUAUUGUCAGAAGAAUUGCCACAAAUCUUCCACUGGCGCCUUGUCCUCGUGUACAUUUUCAGCUUCAUCCGUUCGCUUCAGGAGCGAGUUUCCUCAACAGCCCAAAUGGGCCAAACGUGGCCACGCUCGCUGACGUUGCCUGGAUCGACAGAGAAGAGAGCGAUGGUCCUGGGAGAAUCAGGUGUGAGGCAGAUUCAGGUUUGGUUUUUCGCACCCAGGAACGGCGGCCCCUGAGACGUCAGCGGUCAUUACCCAGCCUUCACCAGGUUGAACCUGCGCAACAGAGCCAGACUGUUAUCAAUGAUGAAGCUAUUCAGAAGAUCAGCGUUCUGGAGACGGAGCUGGCCAAACUAAGAGCGCAAAUCGCACAGAUUGUCCAGGCACAGGAGCAAAGUGCUCAGUCCACAGCUCCAGCACCAGGUGGUCCUCCUGUACCUCCACCAAUGGUUCCAGUUCCUCCUCCACCACCACCACCUCCUCCGUGUCCCACUCCCAGCAUGCAGAGAAGCUAUUCCGCCAUUGACCUCAUUCGAGAGCGGCGUGGAAAAAAGGCUGAGCAGAACACUGUACUGGACUCGGCCCCCAAAAAGCCAGAGCUUCCCAACAUGCUUGAUGUGCUGAAAGAUAUGGGCAAAGUCAAGCUGCGCUCAGUUAAGAGCCAUCAAGAGGAUGGAAAUGUGAAAGCCAAACCUGUUGAACCCACAGAUGCAGCGGCAAUGAUCGCAGAAGCCCUGAAACGCAAGUUUGCUCACCGAUAUCGAAAUGACAGCGAAUGUGAUGGCACUUUUACCUUCACUGCUUUUGAGAAUAAACCCCAUGUGGAAACACCGCUGUUUGGACAGCACAUGCUGAAGUCGACUGGAAGGAGGAAAAUGCAUUAGGAUGGAGUUACUCAUCUUAAUGGGUAAAAACCUGACGACUCUUCAUUUUGAAACACCGGCUAACUUUUUCUGUUAGCUCUUAAAAUAAUGUUUGUGAACAUGCCAAACGCUACACUGUCGAUCUGGUUUCUCAAUUGAACAUCUUUGUAUUUUUUGCACUUUAAAUAGUACAAUACCAGUACAUCUCGUACCACAGCCAGUUCCAUCAUUAACGCCAGUUCCAUAAUUGUUGGGUUUUAUGAUAUUAUGUUUGUGGUUUUAGUUGGAUUUAAGCUCAAAAGUGCAGGUAUUUGACCCUCUUUUCUGAAGGGAUGAUGCUGAACGAGAGCACCAGAGUUUUAAAUCAGUCAUUUUGUGUGUAUUUUAACACUUGUUUGUACGAUUCAUAGCUGCUGGAAAAUCACUUUAUUUUAACAUCAGCCUUUUUAUAAUGUUGUGAACAUAAAUAGUGCAUAGAUGGUGCUUUCAGUGGUAUUUGCUGACUACUGUCGAGAGCUAAUUUAAAAAGCCUUUUUUUAGGUUGUAAUUUAUUAUUUGGCAACAUUUCUAUUAUGUGGUUUAAACCCGUUUAGCAAAUCACUUGAAUAAUGUAGUUUUGUGUCAUUUGAAAUACUAUCUAACAUAUUUAAGGCUGCUAAAGUCUGUUGUUUUUUAAAGGGAUAGUUCACCCAAAAUUGAAAAUAUGCUGUUUAAAUCAUUUAGUCUCAGGCUGUAGGCAAAUUGGUUUCUUCAGUAAAACAUUAAAUAUGAUUUUUAGCUGAAAAUGAGGUCGCAGGUCAUUGUCUACCAAAACUUGAGUCAAAAAGCAUAUAGAGGGAAAACCAAACUGUGGCUCCUGAUUCAUUUAUGAGACUGCAUAAGUGAUGGAUCCUGCAUUUUAUAAAUCACCAAGCCCAUUGAUUUCAGCUAAUAGUCAUUUUUAUCGUUCUACUAAAGAAAAUAAGUCACAAGGCUAACUGUGUUAAAAGCAAUUUCUUUUUGUUGUUGUUGCUUGUGAACUUUCUGUUGAUGGUGUGACAGUGUUUGUACCUUUUAAAGGUUUGUUCUUUUGCACAUUGUGCAGCAGAAGCAUUAUAUUGCAAUAUAGGAUUUCUCAUUUCAACAGUGUAUACUGGAACUAAUGGCCAGCAUGUAGAAGCAUUACCUCAGAAUAAAAGGUACACUACCGGUCAAGGUUGGGGUCAGUUUUUUUUUUUUUUUUUUUUUAAGAAAAUUAUUCUGUUCAUCAACAUGGCAUUUAUUAAACAUUAAAUUUGUUCAUUUUAAAUAACUGCUUAUUGUAUACACUUUCAAAUGAAAAUAUAACUCCAGUCAUUAUUGCUAUUAUCAAUAAUAAUAAGUAUUAUUAGAGUAAUUUCGGAAGGAUUGUGUGACUCUAAAGCUGAAAAUAUAUCUUUAAAAUGACUGGAAUAAAUGAUUAAAUUAUCUAAACUACUUUUAAACAGUAACUUUAUAGUGCAAUAACACUUCACAAUUUUACAAGUUGUAUUUUUGCUGAAAUUAUUGCAGCUUGGGUGAGCAAGCUAAGUUUAUUUCAAAACAUUAAAAUAUCAUACUGUCCCCAAAAUUGACCAGUAGUGUAAUUUUUUUGUAUCUCAUGAAUAGAUUUGUUUUGUAUUAAAUUAUGAUUAAAAUGGGCUGAUUUCAUUACACUACAGAACCGUUGAAUGGACUUUUAAUUUGUUGAAUAAACCAACUAGUGUAAC